CUCUGCGAGUGGCUGCGGUUAGAAGCGGCCCGGCACCUCCCUCUAGUUCUCGGCUGCAAAUUUUCGUCCUUGCACUUGACAGCGAUUGUACUUAAGCUCCCAGGGCGCGCUUUGCUUGGAAAGGCACAGGUAGGAGGCACGGGCUGCCCGGUGCACGCUCAUUGCUCUGGGAGGAGUCUCCCUCCCUUUGCUUUCCUUUCUGGGAGCUGCGGGCUGCCCCGGAGCGUUGGUGGCUCCGGUGUCCGCGCUGCAGAGACUGUGCCGGCGGCCGGGGAGCCGGGCCGAGCCCUUCCGAGAGCGCGGCUGUGCGCUGCCCGGCGCCAUGCUUCUGCUGGGCAUCUUAACUCUGGCUCUCGCCGGGGGACCCGCUGGCGGCUCAGAGCCAGAGCGGGAGGUGGUGGUCCCCAUUCGACUGGACCCGGACAUCAACGGCCGCCACUACUACUGGAGGGGUCCCGAGGACUCCGGGGAUCAGGGACUCAUUUUUCAGAUCACAGCAUUUCAGGAGGACUUUUACCUACACCUGACGCCGGAUGCUCAGUUCCUGGCGCCCGCCUUCGCCACUGAGCAUCCGGGCGUCCCCAUCCAGGGCCUCACCGGGAGCUCUCCAGACUUGCGACGUUGCUUCUACUCUGGGGAUGUGAACGCUGAGCGGAACUCUUUCGCUGCUGUGAGCCUGUGCGGGGGGCUACGCGGAGCCUUCGGCUACCGAGGCGCCGAGUAUGUCAUUAGCCCGCUGCCCAACGCCAGCGCGCCGGCGGCGCAGCGCAACAGCCAGGGCGCACACCUCCUUCAGCGCCGGGGCGCCCCCGGCGGGCCUCUCGGAGAUCCCACAUCUCGCUGCGCGGUGGCCUCAGGCUGGAACCCCGCCAUUCUGCGGGCCUUGGACCCUUACAAGCCGCGGCGGACCGGCGUAGGGGAGAGUCGCAGCCGGCGCAGGUCCGGGCGCGCCAAGCGCUUCGUGUCUAUCCCGCGGUUCGUGGAGACGCUGGUGGUGGCGGACGAGUCAAUGGUCAAGUUCCACGGCGCGGACUUGGAGCAUUAUCUGCUGACGCUGCUGGCCACGGCAGCGCGACUCUACCGCCAUCCCAGCAUCCUCAACCCCAUCAGCAUCGUCGUGGUCAAGGUGCUGCUUCUGGGAGACCGCGACACUGGGCCCAAGGUAACAGGAAACGCGGCCUUAACUCUGCGCAACUUCUGCGCCUGGCAGAAGAAGCUGAACAAAGUGAGUGACAAGCACCCUGAGUAUUGGGACACCGCCAUCCUCUUCACCAGGCAGGACCUGUGUGGGGCCACUACCUGUGACACGCUGGGCAUGGCUGAUGUGGGCACCAUGUGCGACCCCAAAAGAAGUUGUUCUGUGAUCGAGGAUGAUGGUCUUCCAUCAGCCUUCACCACUGCCCACGAGCUGGGCCAUGUGUUCAACAUGCCCCAUGACAAUGUGAAAGUGUGUGAGGAGGUGUUUGGGAAACUCCGAGCCAACCACAUGAUGUCCCCAACGCUCAUCCAGAUUGACCGUGCCAACCCCUGGUCAGCCUGCAGCGCUGCCAUCAUCACUGACUUCCUGGACAGCGGGCAUGGUGACUGCCUCCUGGACCAACCCAGCAAGCCCAUCUCCCUGCCCGAGGACCUGCCGGGCGCCAGCUACACCCUGAGCCAGCAGUGUGAGCUGGCCUUUGGUGUCGGCUCUAAGCCCUGUCCCUACAUGCAGUACUGCACCAAGCUGUGGUGCACGGGCAAGGCGAAAGGCCAGAUGGUGUGCCAGACCCGCCACUUCCCCUGGGCAGACGGCACCAGCUGUGGUGAGGGCAAGUUCUGCCUCAAGGGGAGCUGUGUGGAGAGACACAACCUCCACAAGUACAGGGUGGACGGCUCCUGGGCCAAAUGGGAGCCCUACGGCCCCUGCUCACGCACCUGUGGCGGGGGCGUGCAGCUGGCUCGGAGGCAGUGCAGCAACCCCACCCCUGCCAAUGGGGGCAAGUACUGCGAGGGAGUGAGGGUGAAAUACCGAUCUUGCAACCUGGAGCCCUGCCCCAGCUCAGCUUCUGGCAAGAGCUUCCGGGAGGAGCAGUGUGAGGCUUUCAACGGCUACAACCAUAGCACCAACCGGCUCACCCUCGCCGUGGCAUGGGUCCCCAAGUACUCAGGCGUGUCUCCCCGGGACAAGUGCAAGCUCAUCUGCCGAGCCAACGGCACCGGCUACUUCUACGUGUUGGCACCCAAGGUGGUGGAUGGUACACCGUGUACUCCUGACUCCACCUCGGUCUGUGUCCAAGGCAAGUGCAUCAAGGCUGGCUGCGACGGGAACCUGGGAUCCAAGAAGAAGUUCGACAAAUGUGGGGUGUGUGGGGGAGACAAUAAGAGCUGUAAGAAGGUGACAGGACUCUUCACCAAGCCCAUGCACGGCUACAAUUUUGUGGUGGCCAUCCCUGCAGGUGCCUCAAGCAUCGACAUCCGCCAGCGUGGCUACAAGGGGCUGAUUGGAGACGACAACUACCUGGCCCUGAAGAACAGCCAAGGCAAGUACCUGCUCAACGGGCACUUCGUGGUGUCGGCCGUGGAGCGGGACCUGGUGGUGAAGGGCAGCCUGCUGCGCUACAGUGGCACAGGGACUGCGGUGGAGAGCCUGCAGGCCUCCCGGCCCAUCCUGGAGCCCCUGACCGUGGAGGUCCUCUCUGUGGGGAAGAUGACACCGCCCCGGGUCCGCUACUCCUUCUAUCUGCCCAAAGAGCCUCGGGAGGACAAGUCCUCUCACCCCAAGGACCCGCGGGGACCCUCUGUGCUCCACAACAGCGUCCUCAGCCUCUCCAAUCGAGUGGAGCAGCCGGACGACAGGCCCCCUGCGCGCUGGGUGGCAGGCAGCUGGGGUCCUUGCUCUGCAAGCUGUGGCGGUGGCCUGCAGAAGCGGGCAGUGGACUGUCGUGGCUCCCUGGGGCCGCGCACAGCAUCUGCCUGUGACGCAGCCCAUCGGCCGGUGGAGAUGCGAGCCUGUGGGGAGCCCUGCCCGACCUGGGAGCUUGGUGCCUGGUCACCCUGCUCCAAGAGCUGCGGCCGGGGAUUUAAGAGGCGUCCACUCAAGUGUUUAGGCCACGGAGGGCGGCUGCUGGCCCGGGACCAGUGUGACCUGCGUCGGAAGCCCCAGGAACUGGACUUUUGCAUCUUGAGGCCAUGCUGAAAUAGGACUGUCUCUUUCUCCUCCUCACUUUCCACCCCAUUGGUGCUGCCAGUGAUCUGGCCAGCUGGAGCCGUGGGCAGAGGGCAGUGGCCAGAGGCCUCCGCCACGAUGUCACCCACAUCCAGGGACUAGGACCAUGGGCAGGGGUGAGAGAUUCCCUCCUUCUCCCUGGCCUGGGCGGGGAGGUUAGGUAACUAACGCACAGUCUACCUCAAGCCCGGCUCCUCCAGGGCCCAGUCUCGGGGAGAGGCUGAGAGGUGCGGGUGCUGGGCGGAAGGUGCUGGGCCCAGUUGCCGAGGGACCUGGAGGAUGGGCACCUCCCAGGCAGAACUUCAAGGCCCUUGGCCCCAUCGGGGGGUCACAGGCUGCUGGAGCCCGUGGCCUGGAGCUUGGCACCCUCAGGUGGCCCUGGGGCCUCUGAGCGUCUCUGAACCAGGCAGGAUGUUAUGGUGCUUUCAGCCCUCUUUCCUUUCCUGACUGACGUGGACUGACCGAUGAAAACUGGCUGGGGGUGGGCAAAAGCUGAG